AUGGCCGAAUUGCAAAUUCUGAAGUCCAUUUCUCAACGUCGCCAAGAAAGGCAAGAAAUGGAAAUGCAAAUGUUUUUAUCGAGGAAAAAUCAAUCGAGGAAGCGGCUUUUGCAGACUAUGGGCGGAGAACUAGAUAUGGUUGAAGCACUUGGCUUAUGUGCCGCGACUAUGAAGAGACCAAGGAAAGAACGGGGUGCGGAUGAAGAAAGAAGUUCUUCGUGGUGGAGAAAUGGUUACCGAAAUUGGGACGAUACUGCGUUCAAAAAACGUUUGCGAACAAAUCGAGCAACGUUUCAGUUCAUUCUUGGUGAGAUAGAAGACCAACAAGUCAAGGAGCCAACUCGUUUCAAACUUGAACCGAUAUCCCUAGACACACAACUUGCCAUUUGUUUGUAUCGAUUGGCCCAUGGAUGUACCUACAGCACAGUAGGAGACCUGUUCGGUGUUGCAGAAUUAUUUGCAAGUGUCAUUUUUAACCAGGUAUGUAAGAUACUGGUGUCAACUCUUUACGACAGAUGUGUUUACUUGCCAAGAAACAGAGCCGAAUGGAAGCAUGAACUUGAAAGCUUCCUUGAGAACUGGGAAUUUCCAUGCGUAGGAGCCUGGAACGGGUUCCAUGUUUAUGUCAGCACAAAGUUAAAAAAUUAUUUUAGCUUCAAGAAGAGAUAUUCAGUAUCCAGUAUGGGAUAUAUUGCCUCUAAUAAGAGGUUUCUUUGGGCAGCUGUAGGGGCUCCUGGCUCUGUCCAUGACCCGAGGCUUCUGAAAAGUUGCGGCCUCUUUGCCGAGAUUCAGUAGGGACAUGUUUUCCCAAAUACUGUGCUACGAAUAAGGGAGUACGCGGACAUACCGAUCACAACGGUUGGUGAUUCAGCAUUUCCACGCUACACGUGGCUAAUGAAGCCGUACAAUGAAAAUACAAGAGAUCCAAGAAAGCGCUACUUAAACAAGAGGCUUUGAUCGGCUAGAGUUGUGUCAGAGCAUGCAUAUGGUAUGCUGAAAGGGAGGUGGAGAAUCCUCUACAGGAAGACAGAGUGCAAACUAAAGAACAUAAGGCAUGUCAUAAUGGCCUACAUAGCCUUGCAUAAUAUAUGCAUUGCAAGAGAUGACCCAUGCAGACCCAGGUGGAGGCUGGACAUUGAAAAACUGCACCUUAUUAGGACCAGGGGGAGUGUGAAGCAAGAUGGCGAGGCAGAUCAGGUCAGGGAAAGGAUCACUAACUGGCUCUGGGAUAUCAACCAGCAACGACAAUUGAUGGAGUGGAUGAAAAAAUCAAAAGAAAAUUCUAGCUUGUGUUUCCUGUAGUAAGGCAAAAGCCUAACAACCACUAUAUCCCCUAUUCUACUCCACCACACUAAAUAGAUAGGGUAUAGAACUGGAGACAAUGGACUAGAGAGUGGAACUAAACUGUGAGCAUUCUUAGUGAGGAUUGUAGAACUGAAUAUCAAGAUAUCUUUACUGAAGGACAAAAUCCUUGGACAAUACAGCAAUUCAAGUAGGCUGUAAUACAAAAUGUCUUUUCUGAAUAUCUUCCGGUUGACUUAAGUAAGCACGUAUUAGUGCAUCUCAGCCAUGUUAAUGGAGCUACAUAGUGAUACCAUAAGACAGGUACUAGCUGCAUAGCUAGUUGUUGACAUUACAAUACAUGUAUCGCCAGUUGGUGGCCCAAUUUUAUAUGUUUCCAAACAGCAACACUUUGGUGGAGGCUACCAUGAGAACAUGUAACAGUAAUCAGUAAUCUUUUACUAAGGUCUGAUUUAAAAGCUUUGAAAGUAGACUAUAAUAAUAGCCUUAAUAACACAAGUCAGUGGUACACAAGAAAGCUUGUUUAUUAGCCACUGGAAACAAUAAUAGUAGUCAUGCCAAUUGUAUGAACUAAGUUGAGGGUAUAUUAACAAGAGUUAAGUAUUCUUGAAGUGAUAGAGGUCAUUAAUUUUCUCUGGUAUAUUUUGAAGAUGGGAUAAGACAAUAUUUUUGUCAGGGGGGGGGGGGGGGGAGGUAUGGAAACAGUUCAGCUAACCCUACCACCCCUGGUCCUGAAUUUAAUGACUGAAAGUAGUUCCUCUCACUCUGUUUUGACCCCUUUCUGAUAAGGCUUCCCUUAUUGGAUCAAUAUACAGAGCAGUAGAUAAUAAUAGAGAUUAAUUUAAUGGUAAAGAUGAAACAUGACAAUUGCAAAAUACCAACUUUGAAUGAAUUAAGAGUUCUUUCUCAAAAACUUAAAACAACAAUCAUGUACUCUUAUGCAAUAAUUAUGACCUCUAUUCACUUGCACCUCUCUAUUAAUUUGUACCCCCACACCUAACAACCCCCACACACCAACUACUCUUGUACCUCUCUGUAUUAUUUGUCCCACACCAACACAAAGACAACACACCACUUUGUUUAAUAUCUUUUUCAUACACCCUCUUCCUGUGAGUUGUAAGUACAUGUAGGUAACUGCAAAAAUAUUAACUAUUUGGAAACACAACUUUUAGCAUAAUAGAGUUUUUCCCAAAUACCCUACUACAACAAUCAUGUCUAUCAAUUAUAUAUUAUUAUUAGUCUGUGAAUGUAGAAAGAUUUCUGGUUGUAGCUUGAAGCAACAGCGUGAAGUCUGCCCACAUUAACAGCCUAAUAAAGUAUCUCAUAAUUGCUGAAUGACACCUCUUUAAUGGGUUUUAUGAAAGUAAUCUACCUAUUAUAACUAUUUAAAUUUGUGUAGUGUGGUUGUUGACUCUCUGCUCCAAAAAGGCAUUUGGAAAUGUUGGUUCAUGCAUCACCCAAGCAUUUUGGUAUGGUUACAUAGGCUGCUGAAAGCGAGUCAUCAUCUCCAUCAUACGGAGUUCAUGUUGUCGGUUCAGCUCUGCCUGUUUCUCCUGAUAUUGAAGGAAAGUUUCUUCUCUUUUCUGGUCUGCCUCAAACCAAAUUUGCAUUAUUUUUUCAUGUGCUUUUUGAAGAUUCUCAAAGGUUGCUGAUAACUGGCUGAUAGCAUCUUUCUGUGAAGUUACUUUACGUUUCCUGGGCCGCACUGACACAGUUGAUUUUAGUACCUCCUUCUUGGAUGUCUCCUUUGAAUCUACUUCACCCUCUUCACAGGAAGACUCUUCACAGUCUUUGCUCUGUGGCUGUUUUUUAGGUUUGUGGUUUUCACCCUGUAUAACACAUUAA